GACGCCACACGCCAGCCCCGCGCCAGCGCACCGUAAGUGCGCAGGCGCGCCGGCCGCUCUCUUUUCGGCUCGUCUUCUCCCCGUCCCCAGACCUCAGUGGCCGUUGGGCCCUAUGUCGCGCCGGGCCCUCCGGAGGCUAAGGGGGGAACAGCGCGGACAGGAGCCCCUCGGGCCCGGCGCCUUGCAGUUUGGCUUCCGCGAUGACGAUGAUGCGGAAGAAGAAGGACCAAAGCGGGGGCCAGGUGGCCGGCGCCUCCCGGGCGCGGGGAAGGAGGGUGUCCAUGUCAACAACCGGUUCGAGCUGAUUAACAUCGAGGACCUGGAGGAAGGGCCUGUGGUGAACGGAGAGAGGGCUGACGGUCGGCCCCCAGACGCCGCGGUGUCGGGGAGCAAGAGGAGGUCCCAGAGUGGCGGUGCCGAGCCCCGGAAGGAUGGAGAGGUGGCGGACAGCGCAGCACCCGCGGAGCAGGCUAAUGCAAGUGGCAAACUACGAAAGAAGAAAAAGAAACAGAAAAAUAAGAAAAAUACUACAGGAGAAACUUUGGCAAAUGGGCUGGAAGACAUCGACCGCAUCUUGGAGAGGAUAGAGGACGGCGGUGGCCCGCAGCGCCCCAGCCCGCAGCCCCUGAGCGCGAAGAAGCACGUGCUGUGUGUGGAGCACAGACACCUGAAUCCAGACACAGAGCUGAAAAGGUACUUUGGAGCCCGAGCCGUCCUGGGGGAACAAAGGCCGCGGCAGAGACAGCGCGUGUACCCCAAGUGUACGUGGCUGACGACCCCCAAGAGCACUUGGCCCCGGUACACCAAGCCAGGCCUGUCGAUGCGGCUGCUGGAGUCCAGGAAAGGCCUCUCCUACUUUGCAUUCGAGCACAACGAGGAGUAUCAGCAGACGCAGCAUAAGUUCCUGGCGGCUGUGGAGUCCAUGGAGCCCAACAACAUCGUGGUUCUGCUGCAGACGAGCCCCUACCACGUCGACUCCCUGCUGCAGCUCAGCGACGCCUGCCGGUUCCAGGACGAUCAGGAGAUGGCGCGCGACCUCGUGGAGCGAGCGCUGUACAGCAUGGAGUGCGCCUUUCACCCCCUGUUCAGCCUCACCAGCGGGACCUGCCGGCUGGAUUACCGCAGACCCGAGAACAGGAGCUUCUACCUGGCCCUGUACAAGCACAUGAGCUUCCUGGAGAAGCGGGGCUGCCCGCGCACGGCGCUGGAGCACUGCAAGCUCAUCCUGAGCCUGGAGCCGGACGAGGACCCCCUGUGCAUGCUGCUGCUGGUGGACCACCUGGCCUUACGGGCGCGCUGCUACGAGUACUUGAUCCGCCUGUCCCAGGAGUGGGAGACCCUCCGGAACCUGUCGCAGCUCCCGAACUUCGCCUUCUCCGUGCCCUUGGCGCACUUCCUGCUGAGCCAGCAGGCGGACCUCCCAGACCAGGAGCUCAGUUCCGCGAGGGAAAAGGCCUCCCUCCUGGUGCGCCAGGCACUCACCAUGUUCCCCGGAGCUCUGAUGCCCCUGCUCGAGGCCUGCAGCGUGCGGCCGGAUGCCGCGGUCGCCGGUCACCGCUUCUUCGGACCCAAUGCCGAGAUAAGCCAGCCCCCUGCCCUGAGCCAGCUGGUGCGCCUGUACCUCGGGCGGUCACACUUCCUGUGGAAGGAGGCCGCCACCAUGAGCUGGCUGGAGGGGAACGUCCGGGAGGUCCUGCGGGCAGUGGACGCUGGGGACCCUGCAGUGGGCGAGUGUGAGAGCAGGCGGAAGGUGCUCUACCAGCGUGCGCCCAGAAACAUCCACCGUCACGUGAUCCUCUCCGAGAUCAAGGAAGCCGUUGCCGCGCUGCCCCCGGACGUGACCACGCAGCCUGUGAUGGGCUUUGACCCACUGCCUCCCGUGGACACCAUCUACUCCUACACGAGGCCAGAGAGGCUGAGUCCCGUUAGCCAUGGAAACACAAUUGCCCUCUUCUUUCGGUCGCUGCUGCCCAGUUACACCAUGGAGGGGGAGAGGCCGGAGGCCGGAGGAGCCGAGGGUCCGGACCGCAACCAGGGCUUGAACAGGCUGAUGCUGGCUGUGCGAGACAUGAUGGCCACCUUCCACUUCCACGACCCGGAGGGUCUGCACGAGGCCCCCGCCGAGGGGGACGGGGACGGGGAGUGGGACUGAGUUGCAGGUGCCGCUCCCACACUGUACAGUGACCUUCCUGGCUCAUCUGGCCGGCGCUGGCCAGCUCCCUGAAGUAAAGACGCAGUAUCUGCC